UGGUGUCGAAUUUACAGAGAGGAGGGUGAAUCCGAAAACCCAAAAUCUCUGCAAUUUCCCCGCCGCGCCUGAAAAAGGCAAACAAAAAAACAAAAAACCCAUGUCGGCUAGGUUACUGAAGAAAGUCCUGAAAGAACAAGAACAAAAGAAACAGCACGUAAUCGAGGAAGAUGAGCAAGACGAGCUUCUAAACGACGACGAAUCGGUGUCCCCAGAUUCCGGCGCUGGUUCUUCUAAGAACCCUUUCGACCUCCUCAACGAAGGUGAUGACGCCGAUGAAGAUAACGCCGACCAGGUUUAUGCUGAUGAGACCUCAACCCAAAAACAAGAACAGCCACGAUCAGUGAAAAAUGCUCUUAAUUCGGCUUCCACAUCUAAUAACAAAUCGAAGAAAAAGAAACAAAAGAAAGGAAAAGAGGGUUAUUUGAGUACGGGUAAACGUGAAACACCCUUGGAUGUGAAUUUAGAAGCUUUAGCUUUGGAUAUUGAAUCUUCUAGUCAACAGUCGGGUCUUAAUAAACAACCCGGAUUCGAAAACUUUAAGCAGUCUAAACCAUCUGUGUUGCACGUGGAUCCUAAGUAUCUGAAUGUCGAGAAUGAGCUGCGGAGAAUAUUUGGUUCUAAGGUGGUUAAGUCGUUUGAGAAAAGCAACCAAAGCAGCAGUUCGAGACAGGUACGUGGUGGAAGACGGGGAAAUCAUCAUAUUAGGAAGACCGUUUUGAUAUCUCCAUCGGACCAUUGGCCUCGAUGGGAUGGAUCUCUGUCAAUGGAGUUUCUAGAAACUAAAGAUGGGUACCAUUACUUCAGGUUUACACACUCGUCUUCCUAUGAUCAAGCUCAGAGAGCAUUUGAAGCUGCUCAAGCUAUUCAUGACCUAAACGGUGUAGCAAGUGUUUUGAUGUAUCAUCCUUAUCAUUUAGAUUCGCUUAUAACCAUGGCCGAUUAUUUUAAAUUCGUGGGUGAGCAUCAGAUGUCUGCAGAUGCUAUUGCAAAGUGUUUGUACGCCAUGGAAUGUGCUUGGCAUCCUAUGUUCACUCCUUUGCAAGGUAAUUGCCAAUUGAAGUUCAGUCAUGACUCGAACAAGCCGUUAUUCAAAGCACUUUUCACUCACAUGAAAAACAUGGAUAGACGAGGCUGUCAUCGAUCUGCUUUAGAAGUUUGUAAAUUGUUGCUCGCACUCGAUUCAGACGACCCGAUGGGAGCUAUGUUUUGCCUUGACUACUUUGCAUUGAGGGCAGGGGAGUAUGCAUGGUUAGAACAGUUCUCUGAAGACUAUAGAACCGAUACCUCUUUAUGGCUGUUGCCAAGUUUUUCAUACUCCCUCGCUGUUUGCCGGUUUUACCUCGAGCAAGAAGAAUCCUCCGAUGCAGACACCGCAAAGGCUUCUUCAGCUGAUCUUAUGAAUCAAGCUUUGAUGCUUCAUCCUCCUGUCCUUACGAAACUAGUAGCGAAGGUCCCUUUAAAAGAUCAAGCAUGGACAAAUAUUCUCAAAAAUUCCUAUUUCCAUUCAGAUCAAAUUGGGAUUCCAUCCGUGGAUCAUCUGAUUAAUAUCUACGUAGAACAAAAUUAUCUCAUAUGGAGACUUCCCGAUCUACAAAAGUUACUUCGAGAUGGUGCUUCCCAUGUUAUUCAAACACUGGAGCAUAAUAAAAACGAUGCUAAAGAUUGGACGUGUGUGAGAAAAGAAGCAUUCCCAUCCAACAAAAACGAGUACGGUCAUUUGUUGGUUCAGGACUUCUCCGACACGGUUCAAACUCUUCCCCCCGAUAAUCUUCAGAACUUUAUGGUUGACAUGAGGGACCCCGCUCAUCUUGGCGGUCAUGUUGCCAAUCCUCCUGCUGGUGGUCGGGCUCCAGCGCUACGUGAUGUUGCUAAUCGCAAUCCAUUGGCCGUUUUGUUCGAAUCGCUGCUACCGUGGGUUAAUUACGGAGGUCCAGAAGAUGGCAUAGUUGAUGAAAACCGAGUUAACGAGCAAGGCCAAGGCAAUGAAGAUCUCUGAGCUGCAAUGUAUCAAAGAUUUGAUGAAAAACAUUUAGGCCAAAUAAUCAAGUUCUCAAUAAUGUCUCUUGACACAUUCUGUAAUAUCAGUUUAAUGUGUAGGAAGUAAAAUUCUUUUUGCUUUUCAAGUUGCAUGUACAAAUAUUUUUGUGCCACUCUCUCAGGUUAUCAAUUUUGUGGACAUUUUUUGAACUCA